AUGGCUGACGAGGAGAAAGCCAAGGCCGAGAAGCUUGCUGCGGCAAAGAAGAAGCUCGAACAGAGGAAGAAGCAGAUGGCUAAGAAAGGAGGGGCUUCAAAACAACAAGACAAAGAAAAGGAUAAAGAAGAACAUACUACUACCGAAUCGAAGUCCGAAACAACUCUCGUAGAUGGGCCUGCUGUUGAAGAUGCACCUGCAGAGCCACUUGGUUCUCCUACGACACCCAGCGCAACCUCGUUAUCUCACCAGUCCAAACUUCGAUCUUCGUCAUUCCGCCAAGGCACGGUAUCACCUACCGGAUUUCCAUUGAGUCCCGAAGGCGAGACGGCGCCUGAUAUAUACCGAAAGCAAGUAGCGCGCAUAGAUGACUUAGAGAAAGAAAACAAGAGGCUCGCAAAAGAGGCCGGCGACGCGGAAAAGCGAUGGCAGAAAGCCGAAGAAGAGCUCGCUGAUCUGCGGGAAGCCGAUCGCGAUGGUUCGGAUAGCCAAGUCGAGAAGCUGAAAUCAGAGAUCGCCGCCCUCCAACGUCAGAACUCGCAGCUCCAAUCUGCCGCUUCGAAGCGUCAUGGCUCGUCGCCUUCUAUUUCCAUGUCCUCUCCCCCGGCGGAACUACAAGCCCAGCUUGCCUCAAAAUCCUCCACCAUAGAAACCAUGGAGCUAGAGAUCUCUCGCCUACGCGCCCAAGCUGAACGACAAGCUUCCGCGGGUGGUACCGACCGCGAACAAAUCACAGCUCUGGAAGAGAAGCUAGCACGUUCCGAGCAGGCUGCUAUGAAGGCGCAGCGUGAGCUCGCCGACCUCAAACGGAAUCUAGAACGCACAACUGAGCGCGUCGUAAAGGAAGGCAGCGAGCGUACGAGUGCAGAGACAAAACUGCGUACUCUCGAGCAUGAAGUCGAAGAUUUGAAGGGAGAAAAAGCAGAGCUUGAGAAGAAGGUAGAUGCGCUAGAAAAGAAGGUCACAGCUCUAGGCACCUUACACAAAGAAAACGACAGCCGGUCGCAGGCCUUACGCAAAGACAAGGAACGCGCGGAGAAGGAGGCGCAAGAUGCUAAGUCCAAGAUCGAGAAGCUAGAGUCCGAGAAUGCGCGUCUACGCAAGAAGGACGCUGCGGAAGGUGGUGGUGAUGAUGACGGAGUCGAUGAGCUAGAAGACGAGGAACGCCAGCGCAUGGAGAAGAAGAUCCGCGACCUCGAGAGCGAAGUCUACGACCUGCGCCGCGGAAUCUGGCACCAGCGACGCAAAGAAAUGGAGCACGGCCCCGACGACCCCGCCCUAUUAAGUCCCAGCGGCGGGGGCUUCACGAACAUCGACUUAGGUGGGGCGGGUGCGGCGCGCAAGGCCGGGAACAGGGGCAUUGGUGAUUUCUUCGCGAGCGGUAUCAAUGCUUUAACGGGUGGUACUCCGGCCGACGAAAAAGCCGAUAACGAGGGGUUCCUAGAUGACGACGCCGACAUGGAGUUCGACGAGGAGGCAUUCUUAAAGGCGCAGCAGGAAGAUGCCAAGAGGAGGCUUGAGCGAGUGCGAGAACUUAAGCGUGGGUUGAAGAAUUGGGAGGGGUGGAGGCUGGAUCUUGUGGAUUCUAGAAGAGGUAGUGGGGGAUAUGGUGCUGGUGAGGUUUUUGAGGUUUGA